CUAUUUCCCGGUUUGACUCAGGCAGGAAACUUCCAGCGUCCGGCGGCCCUGGAAGGGAGCGCGGGGGUAAUCCCGAGGCGCAAGAGCUGAAGGCAGCGCUGGGGACAAAGCCUAAGGGGAGUGAGGCCGUCCCUCGGAACGGCUUGCAUCUCUGGGCGUGAGGAGAAACCCACAGGGCCUCCUUGGCACGAAGCUGGAAUCAGAAUGACUGCCCAAGUUACUCUGGAGGAUGCUUUGUCCAAUGUAGAUCUCCUAGAAGAAUUGCCACUGCCAGAUCAACAACCAUGCAUUGAGCCCCCUCCGUCAUCGUUGCUUUAUCAGCCAAAUUUCAAUACCAAUUUCGAGGACAGAAAUGCGUUUGUCACAGGCAUUGCAAGAUAUAUUGAACAAGCAACUGUUCAUUCUAGUAUGAAUGAAAUGCUGGAAGAAGGUCAAGAAUAUGCUGUUAUGCUGUACACAUGGAGAAGCUGUUCAAGAGCUAUCCCGCAGGUAAAAUGUAACGAGCAGCCCAACAGAGUGGAAAUUUAUGAAAAAACUGUGGAAGUACUUGAACCAGAGGUCACCAAGCUGAUGAAUUUUAUGUAUUUUCAGAGAAAUGCCAUUGAAAGAUUCUGUGGAGAGGUGAAACGUUUGUGUCAUGCAGAAAGGAGGAAGGACUUUGUAUCUGAAGCUUAUUUGAUCACUCUUGGAAAAUUUAUCAACAUGUUUGCUGUUUUAGAUGAGCUGAAAAAUAUGAAAUGCAGUGUGAAGAAUGACCAUUCAGCCUACAAGCGGGCGGCCCAAUUUUUGCGUAAAAUGGCUGAUCCUCAAUCUAUCCAAGAAUCCCAGAAUCUUUCCAUGUUUCUUGCCAAUCACAACAAGAUUACACAGUCUUUACAGCAACAACUGGAAGUAAUUCCUGGUUAUGAAGAACUACUGGCUGAUAUUGUAAAUUUAUGUGUAGAUUAUUAUGAAAACAAAAUGUACCUAACACCUAAUGAAAAGCAUAUGCUUCUAAAAGUGAUGGGUUUUGGUUUAUACCUGAUGGAUGGCAGCGUCAGUAACAUCUAUAAACUAGAUGCCAAAAAGAGGAUAAAUCUCACAAAGAUUGACAAGUUUUUUAAGCAGCUGCAAGUAGUUCCACUGUUUGGUGAUAUGCAGAUUGAACUGGCAAGAUACAUUAAGACUAGCGCUCAUUAUGAGGAGAAUAAAUCUAGGUGGACAUGUACUUCUUCUGGCAGUAGUCCCCAAUACAACAUCUGUGAGCAAAUGAUCCAGAUAAGAGAUGAUCACAUGCGUUUUAUUUCAGAACUGGCUCGUUACAGCAAUAAUGAGGUGGUGACUGGAUCAGGACGUCAAGAAGCUCAGAAAACAGAUGCUGAAUAUCGGAAACUUUUUGAUCUUUCUCUUCAGGGUCUUCAACUUCUAUCACAGUGGAGUGCGCAUGUUAUGGAAGUGUAUUCGUGGAAGUUAGUACACCCAACUGACAAAUAUUCUAACAAAGAUUGCCCUGACAAUGCUGAAGAGUAUGAAAGAGCAACUCGCUAUAAUUAUACAAGUGAAGAAAAAUUUGCUCUUGUAGAGGUCAUUGCAAUGAUUAAAGGAUUACAGGUGUUGAUGGGGAGGAUGGAAAGUGUCUUCAAUCAUGCCAUUCGUCAUACAAUCUAUGCUGCUCUCCAAGACUUUGCCCAAAUCACACUUAGAGAACCAUUAAGACAAGCCAUCAAAAAGAAGAAGAAUGUCAUCCAAAGUAUCCUACAGGCUAUCAGAAAGACUGUGUGUGACUGGGAAGGUGGGCACGAACCAUUUAAUGACCCUGCACUAAGGGGAGAGAAAGAUCCCAAAAGUGGCUUUGAUGUUAAAGUUCCAAGGCGUGCUGUAGGUCCCUCCAGUACCCAGCUUUACAUGGUAAGAACCAUGUUAGAGUCUCUCAUUGCUGACAAAAGUGGUUCCAAGAAAACCUUGAGAAGUAGCCUUGAGGGGCCCACCAUAUUGGACAUUGAAAAAUUCCACCGAGAGUCUUUCUUCUACACUCACUUGAUAAAUUUCAGUGAAACCCUCCAGCAGUGCUGUGAUUUGUCCCAGCUAUGGUUCAGGGAAUUCUUUCUGGAGCUCACAAUGGGCAGAAGAAUCCAGUUCCCCAUUGAGAUGUCUAUGCCUUGGAUUCUAACUGACCACAUUUUGGAGACCAAGGAAGCAUCAAUGAUGGAAUAUGUCCUGUAUUCUUUGGACCUGUAUAAUGACAGUGCUCAUUAUGCACUCACCAAAUUCAAGAAACAAUUUCUCUAUGAUGAAAUUGAGGCAGAGGUCAACUUAUGUUUUGAUCAGUUUGUCUACAAGUUGGCAGAUCAGAUAUUUGCAUAUUACAAAGUUAUGGCAGGAAGCCUACUUCUGGAUAAACGCCUAAGAUCGGAAUGCAAGAAUCAGGGUGCAACAAUUCCAUUGUUAACAUCUAAUCGAUAUGAAACAUUGCUAAAACAGAGACAUGUCCAGCUUCUUGGUCGGUCAAUUGAUCUGAAUCGCUUGAUCACUCAGAGAAUUUCAGCAGCUGUGUACAAAUCAAUGGAACUGGCAAUUGGGCGUUUUGAAAGUGAAGAUUUGACCUCCAUUGUAGAGUUGGAUGGAUUAGUAGAAAUAAACAAGAUGACACACAAGCUCCUGAGCAGAUAUAUGACUUUGGAUAGCUUUGAUGCUAUGUUCAGAGAAGCCAAUCAUAAUGUAUCUGCUCCCUAUGGAAGAAUCACUCUUCAUGUCUUUUGGGAACUGAACUAUGAUUUCCUUCCUAAUUAUUGCUACAAUGGGUCUACCAACAGGUUUGUUCGAACAGUACUACCAUUUUCUCAGGAAUUCCAGAGAGACAAGCAGCCCAAUGCACAGCCUCAAUAUCUACAUGGAUCAAAGGCUUUGAAUCUGGCAUACUCUAGCAUUUAUAGCAACUAUAGGAACUUUGUAGGGCCUCCUCAUUUCAAAGUGAUCUGUAGACUACUGGGAUAUCAAGGGAUUGCUGUGGUGAUGGAAGAAUUACUGAAAGUUGUCAAGAGUCUGUUACAAGGCACAAUUCUUCAGUAUGUAAAGACAUUAAUGGAAGUAAUGCCCAAAAUCUGUAGGUUGCCUAGACACGAGUAUGGCUCCCCAGGAAUUCUGGAAUUCUUUCAUCAUCAGCUCAAGGAUAUUGUUGAGUAUGCUGAACUGAAAACAGUGUGUUUCCAAAAUCUGAGAGAAGUGGGAAAUGCUAUUCUCUUCUGUCUCCUCAUUGAGCAAAGCCUGUCGUUGGAGGAAGUGUGUGAUCUAUUGCAUGCAGCACCAUUCCAGAAUAUUUUACCAAGAAUUCAUGUCAAGGAGGGGGAAAGACUUGAUGCUAAACUGAAGAGACUAGAAACAAAAUACGCUCCACUCCACCUUGUUCCAUUGAUUGAAAGAUUGGGAACACCUCAGCAAAUUGCCAUUGCAAGAGAAGGAGAUUUGCUAACCAAGGAGCGUCUCUGCUGUGGACUUUCUAUGUUUGAAGUCAUCUUAACAAGGAUUCGAAUAUUCCUGGAUGAUCCCAUAUGGCGUGGCCCCCUCCCUAGCAAUGGGGUGAUGCAUGUAGAUGAGUGUGUGGAAUUUCAUCGCCUUUGGAGUGCAAUGCAGUUUGUAUACUGUAUUCCAGUAGGAACCCAUGAAUUUACUGUGGAACAAUGUUUUGGAGAUGGGCUGCAUUGGGCUGGCUGUAUGAUUAUUGUGCUCUUGGGACAGCAGCGUCGAUUUGAUGUGCUCGAUUUCUGUUAUCACUUACUGAAAGUCCAGAAGCAUGAUGGCAAAGAUGAAGUCAUCAAGAAUGUGCCUUUAAAAAAAAUGGUUGAGAGAAUUCGCAAGUUCCAGAUCUUGAAUGAUGAAAUUAUUGCCACACUGGACAAGUAUUUGAAAUCUGGUGAUGGAGAAAGCACACCGGUGGAACAUGUCCGCUGUUUCCAACCUCCCAUUCAUCAGUCUUUGGCCAGCAACUAGAAAAGACCCGUGAUCUUUUUGGAAACAAUGGUCAGUUGCAGCACUUUUUGAAACUAGAUUUCUUGCCUAAGGGAGACUGCCCUGAUCUUCAUUGCUUUCCAGGUUCAACUAAAAUGUUUGAAUGGUUGUCUUCAAACUCAAUGACUGUACACAAAUUUCAGUUUUUAGACUACUUUUUAAAUACUUUUGAUAAAACACUUUGCAAUGCAACUAUUUUAGGCAUAAAUCUUUGCAUUUCUCCAGUUUUUAUAAUUGUUUUAAAGGCUUAAUAUAAGGGAUCUUUAUUUACUUUUGCUAACAAAAGUGAAUUUUAUUAUAGGAGUAUGCUUGAAAUGUUUUUGUGUAAGGAAAGUAUUAAACUGCUCAGCUUACCUUUUAAAGACACUCCGUUUAUUUUUAAUCAAUAGAACGUUCUCUUUAGAAAACUAUUUCACCCCAUAAUGUAAUCAACUUUGGAAAUAAAAGAUUUUAAUGAGAUUUUAAAAGUAUGAUUGUAAGAUAGAAAUAAUUAAUGCUUCAUGUUUAUUCAGAUUUAGGGAAUUGGUUAAUAUCCUUAGAAUAAAGAACUUUUUUUUAAGCUUCUCAUACAAUUGGUAAAUCUGAAUCCUGUUUUUAUAUCUAAUUGGAAAGAAAGUUGAAGGUGGAAUUAUUGUGGAAUAGUAUGUAGGGAACACAGCUUACUUAUACUUACCAGCUGUUUCAAGGGUUAUUUAGUUUUAGAAAAAUUAUCUUCAGACUCUUAACUGUUCAAGAAUUAUACUUUGAUGAGUCAUGGUUCAAUUAUUAACAGUAUUCUAAGGGUUCUCUCUAUUUUCUCAAACUUCUGAAUUAAAUAUUAUUGUAAUUUUAAA